UUGGAGUCCUAAGGACAUGUUCUAAUGAUGCAACAUGGAAGAUUUCAAGGUCAACAGAAGAUUAUCAGUUGGAAAGAUGUUGAGCCAACAGAUUUGCUAAAUAUAAGCUGUCUACAAGGGACUGCAUGCUCUACCAGUGACGUUAACUUUAGAUACACCUGUUAGACCCGCAGCCAAAACAACAUGCAGCUCGCCUCCGGUCUACUCUUGUUUGGCGUCGUGUUCAGCACGAAGGGAUUGUCCGUUGCUGGGGAAGAUGACGAUGAACCGGCUUCCUUGCGUUAUUCAAGACAACUUUCAGAUGACGGCUCCGACAAUGCAACUACUUCGACGUUCGAAUCAGCAACUACAAGCGACGACUUGGGAACAACCCCUGCUUCUAUGGAAGUGGUACUGGAGAUGUUGGACAAAUAUGACCAAAGACUGAGACCUGAUUUCAGAGGCGGUCCCGUUACAGUGACCUUUCAGCUGUAUAUCCUCACUAUGGGAUCUGUAUCAGAAUCCUCCAUGGAUUAUGUCGUGACGGUGUUCCUGCGACAACAAUGGAACGAUCCUCGCUUCGUUUACACUGGCUUCGACGGUAACCUCACUCUAUACGACACCGUAAUUGGUAGGUACUCAUGCUACAACAACUCUUUAUGA